AUGCCCAACCCCAUAAUGUUCCUGUUGAAAGCCCUAAGCCUUUUGCUCGCCGUUGAAGCAGCGGCAGCAACAUCACCGCCCCCGUGCACAGGAUCCGUGCUCAAGGACACAAUCUCCUUCUGGACAAUACCAAGCGUUGAUUCGGAAACUCUGAUGGUCAUUAUGGGCAACAGCCAGGUACCUGAAGCUAUGGAAAGAAAUCAGAAUGAAGAAGUGUCUCUGGCAGAAGUGGAUAAACCGUUGCUCCUCGAGCUGCUCGGCCUCGAACCCCUCGGCAAGAAUGAAUGA